AUGUCUUUAUCAGAACCUAUAAAAUCAAAACUUUACAUUUCACAUUCAUCAAUUACAUUACCAAAGUCAUGUCAUGAAAAAAUCAUUUUAGAUCAUCCAUUUAAUAAUCAUUUAGAAAUUUUUUUCCCCUCAAUAAUAGAUUUUACUGAAAAAAUUCCUAAUUCUCUUGAUAGUGAAUUCUUUUAUUACAAAGUUGAUUUACCUUUAUCAUGGUUUAUUGAUACAAACUUUAUACAAAAUUAUGUUAAUGCUGGUCGUGUCGUUGCUUUAAGUUUGACUGAAGGAAUUGACAUUUCAAAUGUAAUCGCUUUAGACUUUUCAGGAAAUUUGAUAUUAAAUUUGACAAAAGAUACUUACGAAGAACUUGGAUUAGAUGGUCAUUCAACGAAAUUCGGUCCAAACAAACAAAGAUUUGUUGUUCAAAUUGAUUUAAAAAGAAGAUCGUUAAUUCCAGGAAAAAAGGGAUAUGAGAGAAUCAAAUGGGUUUUUAAUAAUACGUUAACAAAAAAAUUUACAUUUUUAAUGUCAUUCGUGAAAUUUACCGAAAACAAAACGUGUGAAAUAGAUUUUCCAUCAUCAUUUAAUUCAAAAAAACUUUUAGGAAAAUUUGAUUUUAAUACGAUACCUGAAGUGGAUCCAUAUAUCUCUGUAUAUAAACCUCCUGAACCGUAUUCGAAUGGAAAUGGAUCAUUCAUAAAAUGGUCAGGUUUCAUUCCAUCUUCAACCAUCAAAGAAUUAUUUGAUUCGGUUUUAAAAUUUCUUCAAGAAAGUAAAGAUGAUAAGAUUUCAUGGGCUAUUAUUAAUGUAUGGGGAUUUAAAGAUUCACCAAUUUCUUGGAAUAAGCAAGAACAUGGAUAUUUUAUGAAUGGUGAAAAUAAUUAUAGUUUUAUAAUUUAUAAUGAUGGGACCUAUGUAUUAUAUCAAGCUCUUGGUAAUUAUGAUACCUAUUCUUGA